UCUAUUUUCUAUUUAUGCUGUGGCUUUGUGUCAGUGUUUCUUUCCUUGUUGAUUUCUAAAUUUCGUAUUAUUUAUUUAGAAACUUGAUGCAAAAGUUUACUAAUGUAAUAAUAUUCCUAACUAUUCAAACGACCCAUUUUAUUCUUCAUAUAAACCUAAGUUAAACAUAUCCUCAAAAUGGACGGAAAAACAACAAAAAUGCCGAAGGUGGCAAAGGUUAAAAACAAAGCUCCCGCCGAAAUACAAAUUACUGCUGAGCAAUUACUCAGAGAAGCAAAAGAAAGGGAUCUCGAAAUAUUGCCUCCACCACCGAAACAGAAAAUUUCUGAUCCAGAAGAGCUCAGAGAUUAUCAACACCGGAAGAGAAAAGCAUUUGAAGAUAAUAUCCGUAAAAAUAGACUUGUAAUCGGGAAUUGGCUCAAAUAUGCUCAGUGGGAAGAGUCACAGAAGCAAGUACAAAGAGCUCGCUCAAUAUAUGAACGAGCAUUGGAUGUGGACCACAGAAAUGUUACCCUAUGGCUGAAAUAUACUGAAAUGGAAAUGCGAAAUAGACAAGUCAAUCAUGCUCGCAAUCUAUGGGACCGAGCAGUGACUAUUUUGCCAAGAGUAUCACAGUUCUGGUACAAAUAUACAUACAUGGAAGAGAUGUUAGAAAAUGUUGCCGGAGCCAGACAAGUAUUUGAAAGAUGGAUGGAAUGGCAACCAGAUGAGCAAGCAUGGCAAACAUACAUCAAUUUUGAAUUAAGGUACAAGGAGCUGGAACGAGCAAGAGACAUAUAUAAAAGAUUUGUCAUGGUGCAUCCAGAUGUCAAGAACUGGAUUAAGUAUGCAAAAUUUGAGGAAAACCAUGGAUUUGUGAAUGGCGCAAGAAAAGUAUUUGAACAAGCUGUCGAGUUCUUUGGUGACGAGGAACUUGAUGAAAGACUGUUUAUUGCAUUUGCUAAAUUUGAAGAAAAUCAAAAAGAACAUGAUAGAGCUAGAGUAAUUUACAAAUAUGCUUUAGAUCAUAUUCCAAAAGACAGAAAUAAAGAAUUGUACAAAGCCUACACAAUACAUGAGAAGAAAUAUGGUGACAGAUCUGGCAUAGAAGAUGUUAUUGUUAACAAGAGGAAGUAUAUGUAUGAACAGGAAGUUAUAGAGAAUCCUACAAAUUAUGAUGCAUGGUUUGAUUACAUAAGAUUAGUUGAAAACGAAGGAAAUAUAGACAAUAUUAGAGAUACAUAUGAGAGAGCCAUUGCAAAUGUACCACCAUCAAAAGACAAGCAAUUCUGGAGGCGCUAUAUUUACUUAUGGAUUAACUAUGCAUUAUAUGAGGAGUUGGAGGCAGAAGAUAUAGAAAGAACUAGACAAGUAUAUAGAACUUGUUUAGAAUUAAUUCCACAUAAAAUUUUUACAUUUUCCAAAAUAUGGCUAAUGUAUGCUCAAUUUGAAGUCAGAUGUAAAGAAUUAAAGCAAGCAAGAAAGACAUUAGGAAUGGCUUUAGGUAUGUGUCCAAGAAACAAACUGUAUAGAGGGUAUAUUGAUUUAGAAAUCCAGUUAAGAGAAUUUGAUAGAUGUAGGAUAUUGUAUCAAAAAUUUUUAGAAUAUGGACCUGAAAAUUGCAUGACAUGGAUUAAGUUUGCUGAGCUGGAAACACUGCUAGGAGACAUAGAUAGAGCUAGAGCUAUAUAUGAAAUAGCUGUUGGCCAGCCAAGAUUGGAUAUGCCUGAAAUAUUGUGGAAAAGUUUCAUUGAUUUUGAGGUUGCACAAGGAGAAACUGAGAGAGCUAGACAAUUAUAUGAGAGAUUGUUAGAAAGGACUGUUCAUGUAAAGGUAUGGCUAUCAUAUGCAAAGUUCGAGUUGAAUGCUGAAAAUGCUGAUAACAUGAAUGUAGACCUAGCUAGACGGGUUUAUGAACGCGCCAACGACAGUCUAAGGAGUGCUGGGGAAAAAGAAUCGAGAGUGCUUCUUUUAGAGGCAUGGAAAGACUUUGAAACUGAAAUAGGAGAUGAAAUAAAACUUGAGAAAGUUUUGACUAAGAUGCCUAGAAGAGUUAAAAAGAGACAAAAGAUUGUGAGUGAAGGAGGUAUUGAAGAAGGUUGGGAGGAAGUAUUUGAUUACAUAUUCCCUGAAGAUGAAAUGGUGAGACCAAAUCUGAAGUUGUUGGCAGCAGCAAAACAAUGGCGAAAACACAAAGAAAUCUCAGACACAGAAAGUGGCGUAAACAGUACAAGUGAACAACAAGAGCAACAACAAACAAAAACUGUAUCUGAAGAAAAUGAUGACAACUAGCAAAACAAACUUCAUUUUUUUUGCUAUAAUUACUGUAUUUUGUAAUUUGAAUAAAAUUAAACAAAUCAUUA